CACUAACCCCAGCAAAACCUGAAAUUUGCAUCCAGCAAAAUUCAGACAUGCGACAUCAAUGGUGAUCUCCAAAUCACUAAGAACCUUAAUAACUAAAAACUCUAACAAUCAAACCAGAAGCUUCCUAACACUGACAGCCGCCUCCGUACUCCCGACAUCUCCGUACAUUCCGUACUGUCACUCUCUUCCUCGCUUUCUCUCUCCUCUGUCCAAAUGGGUUUUUCCAUUUCAAGGUCAAGGUCCGCUCUUUCUCUCUGCUCCGCCGUGGAAGCUUCUGCAAUCUACAAAUCCGCUUUACGUAAGAGGAAGAAACGCUACCGUUUUGAAGAAAGUUAAAGCCUUGAACUUCUAUUUGCUUGAUAGUCGGGUCAGUAAUUUGGGUUUGGGUAGUCAACGGGUGGUGGGUUUGGAUAAUGGGUUAACUCAGGAGUUGAAGGUGGAUGAUGGGUUGUUGAAGAAUUUUGUUAAUUUGCCUAAUUUUGUUUCUUUUGCUCGUUUGGUCUCUGGUCCUGUGCUUGGAUGGAUGAUCACAAAUGAAAUGUACUCUUCAGCAUUUGUGGGAUUGGCCCUCUCUGGUGCUUCUGAUUGGUUAGAUGGAUAUAUUGCCAGGAAGAUGAGAAUUAAUUCUGUAGUGGGUUCCUAUCUUGAUCCUCUUGCUGACAAGGUUCUUAUUGGAUCUGUUGCGGUGGCUAUGGUGCACAUGGAUCUUCUGCAUCCUGGUCUUGUUGGAAUGGUCGUGUUCCGAGAUGUUGGACUUGUUGGUGGUGCAGUAUAUCACAGAGCUAGUAGCUUGGGUUGGAAGUGGAAUAGUUGGUAUGAUUUUUUCAAUAUUGAUGGAACCCGCCCUGAGAAAGUUGAACCUCUCUUCAUAAGCAAGGUCAAUACGGUUUUCCAGUUGGUUUUAGUUGCUGCAGCCCUCCUUCAGCCUGAGUUUGGAACUAUGGAGACUCAGUCAUACAUAACAUACUUGAGCUGGUUGGUGGCUGCCACAACAGUGGGUUCUACAGCUGGAUAUGGUGCAAAAUACAUGAAGAAUAAAUCGUCAUUGCUUGCAAAAAAAUCGUAAUGUCAAUCUUUCAGCUCAAAUAUUUCUAGCAGUGUUUAUGAUCUUAAGGUCGACUCCUGUUUCUGACUUGGAACUUGGAAGGGAAGGAACGAAAGGAUCCUCUGCAUUUGCUGCAGAAUGGAUAGCGAGGAUUCUGGAAAAAUCAAUAUCGUACGAGCGAGAUAAACAAUAGUUGAGAUCAUAUUCGUCGAUUUAGCUAUCCAAAUGUGUAAAGCAUGUUCUUCAAUAUAGAGAAUUGUGAUAAAGAAUGGGGUUUUCCCUACUGUUAGAUCAAAUAAUACAAGAGUAGGAAAAGUUUUAACGUA